GUGGCCGACGGCCGUGUCGAUCCAGUGAGUGGAUCGGGAGCCAACAAUCAGACUGAAUCAGACCAACAACACAUGCGUAAUUCGGAACGCACCCUCAGAUUUCAGAUUUCAGGUUAUUCAGGUCCGGUGUGGGACCUGAGCGUGAGUGCCGUUUAGGACAAGAAAAAGAAAGAUAACUCCAUCGAGAUCCUGUACGUAUUAGUUUGACAACAAUGACGUCAGAAGAAAUCUUGUCAAAGGACCUGAGUUAUGGGAAAGAUAGAAGUGAUCCCGCGACAUUGUCCGAGUUAUUUGACAAUGCUUUUGAGCUGUUCAACAGUAUUAAUAAUACAACAGAACCAACAAAUAGUUCGAAAGUACAGUUGGACAUAAAACGGACAAUGCACAUGUUUGAGGAUGCAACGAGACUGGUGUCUAUGGUGGAUAUGUUCAGUGAUAACGAAACUUUCGAGGAAAUAGCUACAGAAAAUAUCAAGUACUUUUUAUUACCGGCUCUGUUGGGCAAGCUUACCAAUCAGAUAUGCCUUACUGAUGACAGGAUGCAUCUGGUUAAAGUAGCAGAAGUCUAUUUUGUGGAUUUUUUAAAGCGACUGAAAGCAUAUGGUCUGACGGAUGUUAAAAUACCAGAAAUCGAUUUAACUGAUGACAGGAAGGAAGCAGGAGAUGGUCAAAAUACACCGCAAUCUUCAUCAAGGAUGUUAGAGGAUAUGGUAAUUCGUAGAAAUGUAAAAUUACAAAAGUAUCAACAGGAGAAGGAUUUGGAAUCUCGUUUGAAUACUUUAAAGAAAAACUUGGAUAAUCCAAACAUUGAUGAUGAGACCAAGAGAGAGUACUUUAUCACUCUUGUAAAGUUGUAUGCAGUCCGAAUCAUUGAAGAUUUAAACUUGUUGAAGACAGAAAAGACAAUUUUGGAGAACAUGAAGGAAAUGGGACCGAUGCAUACUUUGGCUUCCGAAUCACAAAAGACUCAAAAGCACAGAACGCCAGGUCCAAAAUUACAACCCAUAAUCAUUACACGUAAUGAGAUUGAGAAGAAAGUUUUUGGCGCAGGCUAUCCGAGUUUACCAGUCUUAACAGUACAAGAGUUCUACGAGCAAAGAGUCAAAGAUGGAGACUGGCCCGAUCCAUCGCAACAUAACGCAACAAAUUCUCGGCGUCUGCAAGAUGCGGCCAACGAAAAUACCAGUGCAACUAAUGAAGAUAGUGAAGCCGUUUUGAAGGAGGAGAUGGAAGAGAAAGACGAUCCCGAACAUCUCGAACGAACUCGUGCGAUGGAUGAAUAUAAAGACACGCAUCGUCGCGGAUGGGGUAAUCGCGCUAAUAGAAGCUAGGCGGCCAAGAAUAUGUUUAAGAUUGUACACAUUACAAUUAUUACAUUAUUCUGUGCCUCAGUGUGCUCUAUUUCGUUUGAAAAUUUGGAAAUGUAACCGUCGAAUCGUUCGUUUUAAACUUGAGCACAAUUGCGUGUUUAUUUAAAAAAAAUUAAACCUGAAAAUGCGCGCUGAAAACGAGGAAAAUGCUAAUCUUUAAAAUAAAUUAUAAAUACAUGUGUAUGUACGUGUAUCUUAUCAGUAAGUAAACCUAAACAAACAUUUUCACAAUGAAAUGGAUAAUACGUCGGCAUCUCAAAAUUAUUGAUUAACAUCAUUUUGGCCGAUGUUGAAAAUUUUAGCAAAACGUGUAUUACACGUUUUUGUUUGCAUUGUAUGUAACAUAUAAAAUUUCGUCGAAAGUAUGACAAAGAAACGGGGGUUCUUCCUGUUUAACAUUAAAAAUGUUAUUAUUCUGCUUCUCACAAAAAAA